CGGUGUAAACUAGGUUGGCAACGCUAGUACCAUACCAAAGAAGAAAAUAAACGAUGCGCACGAUCACUGACAAGUUGAUUUUAUAACCUAGAAUUGUUAUUUUUUUUUUAACUGAACGAUAUGUAAAACUGGAUAAGUUUCCAAUAUGAACGGAGAGAAAUAAUCUGCUUUAACAAUGGCUAUGAGAAAGAGGAGUGGCUCUGGUGCCAAACGUCAGCAUAAAUGUAAGCUGGUGCCAAUUUAUGAGAGUUUCUUUAAAGGUGAAGACUUGACACUGGCUCAUCCAAAUUUCUGGAAUGAAUUAUUUCUCAUUAAACCUAUGGUACCUCAUAUUGAAAAUGAGAUUCUGCAUAUGACAUCAGAACAACUGAAUGCCAGUAAGGAAAAUUUGAACGCAUUAGUAUGCCAUUGUGUUGACACGCUGGUUGAUGAACAUCCAUUUAGAAUAGUGUAUGCAUUGCAAACUUUAGCAGCUGUCAUUCAGUCUAUGUAUAGGAAGGCUAACCAGGGAGAUUAUGGAUUUAAUUUGAUAGAUAUUUUAGUUGGUUUUGAUUCUGCAGAACAAAGGAUGACAACGUUAAUGCAGCAUUGUAAUAAUUUUCUAACAGGUGAAUAUCCAGAUAGUUUAAAAGCUCUGUGCUUGAAAUUGUUAUUAAUAAUAGUUACUGGUAUGGAUAAUAUCAGUCAAAAUACCCUGCUGGAAUAUGUGAUGUUAAACAGUGUUUUUGAAUCACUGAUACAAUUACUGAGAGAUACAACUGCUAGAAAUCGCCAUGGUCAUGAUGCAGUUUUACUGUUAACGCUUCUAGUCAACUACCGCAAAUACGAAAGCGCGAAUCCCUAUAUUGUCAAAUUAUCAAUUUUGGACGAUGAAUUGGCCCUAAAUGGAUACGGGCAAGCCAUAUCGAGUUCGUUAACUGAGUUUUGCCGACAAUUUGUCCAACAAAAAGCAGAGAUACAAGCGUCUUGGCUAUCUUCGUUAACUAGUAUAGUUGGUAGUAUGUUCGUCGGAGAAGAGGAAGCAAAAACGCAACAGGUUCGCGCGAACAAUGCUCUACUUUUAGCUUUGUACGAGGCUACACACUUAAAUCGUAAUUUUGUAACUACUCUGGCCUAUACGCAAAGCGAUACUAGUGCGCCUCCGUCGCCGAAUAACACUCUGGGUCCAAACGCGGUAGCUCCUGGUGCCUUAUCGCCCGACGUGAUGGCUCAGCCGUUCAACCUAUUAGCAACUUUUCUGCAGUAUUGUUCAAUUGUUAUGCAAGUGAUUCGAACGGAGGCCAUAAUGAAUAACGUGAAACUGUGCUUUCUGAUAUUAAGCUGUAUCGCGGAGGACCAAUAUGCGAAUAGCUUGAUGCAUGACGCGAAUCUGGCAUUCAGAGUUCAAUUACAUAGAGUACCUAUGCAUCACAGAAAAUUGCAGGACAAGGCGGCGCCUGCUCAGCCGCUCGCGGCCACAUUACUUGAUCUGCUUGUUGAAUUCGUGGCAUCGCAUAUGAUGAAAAAAUUUCCUCUUGAGUUAUAUCAUCAGUGCAUCGGCGUGCUACAAAGACUGUUAUGCUAUCAGAAGAGAUGCCGUGUCAGACUUGGUUAUCAGUGGCGGGAUCUCUGGACUGCGUUAAUCAAUUUGCUUAAAUUUUUAACGACACACGAAAGUCAUCUUAUUAAAAAAAUGAACAUAUUUCCCUUAGCUAUUCAGGUGGUGAACAUCUUGAAUUUUUUUAUUACAUAUGCCGAUACAUUUCUGUCGUCGCCCAAUAGUUACGAUGAAUUAUUUUACGAAAUUAUUCGUAUGAGACUUAUCUUCACGAAUUUAAAUGCCAUGGCACUCAGGUAUUCGACUAGUGAAUCAUAUGAAUAUAAGGAACAUGCGCUCAAAUUAACGAAUUCUCUCAUCAACGUGAGAGACAUAGUAAACCAUUUUCCGCCAAAGAUAGCUGCGUGGUUAGCAAAAGAGAGCUUAUCAACACCGACGGAGCAACAGAUUCUAGCUAUUAUAAUACAGAAUUAUGAUAGUCUUGCUUUAAAGCUGCAAGAUAAUUUGGAUCAGUACGAAAGGUACUCGGAAAAGCCUAAUCAUACCGCGUUUUUUGAGGAAAUGGUGACUGGAGUGAUAGUGGAUACACGGGCUUCGAUAGACCUCAAUACUUUAGAUACGCAAACUAUAUUAGAAGAACUAUCAAAUAUUUCAUAA